AUUGUGAAGUGUCUCUACUUUUGUUCUUAUUGUUGUGUCUUGGCUGGGCUGACACUUCCUGCACAUUUUACCAUCCAAAGCGGGCUGCCAGCCCUUCAAGCGCUUUUCAGCUUCCUGCCUUCAUUCACCACCCGCCCGGCCGUCUGCAUGUGCGACUGCAUGGUGAUUGGUACUUCUAAUUCCACGCAGACCAGCCUGGAUGCAUUAUUUACGUGAUAGGAGGGGCGGGGGAAUAAACCCGUUUUUGGCAGAUGCAGAGGAAUCUGAUGUGGUGAGAUCUGCUGGUCCAGACCACAGUUACGAGGGGGAGGAGGGUGACGCUGAGAGGAAAUGGGUGUAGAGCACUCCUCCUGCCACUUCUACUGUAUAUCUCCAUGCAUUCCUCCUCCCUCAGCUUUUUGGGAGAGUGCGAGAAAAAAGGAUAACUGCAAAGAACCAAGUACAACCGCAAACUGCUGCUCCUCGCAUCCUCCAUCAGCCAUGGUGUUCCUGCUCAUCUCCUUGACCCUGCUGCAUCUGCUCACCUUGUCCAUGUUGCUCGUUGCCACCUUGGAGAAGGCCUGGUGGAUCUGGGCCGAUUCCGAAAUCAGAGAUUUGUGGUACAACUGUUUCCAUGACAACACCUCAGACACGUGGCUGUGUGCCACCACCAAUGAAAGCGACUGGCUGCAGUCGGUCCAGGCCCUCAUGGUUCUGUCUGUGGUCUUCUCCUCCAUCGCCCUCCUGAUCUUUGUGGCUCAGCUCUUCACCAUGUCCAAAGGAGGACUCUUCUACUUGACGGGCCUCUGCCAGGCCUUUGCAGGUUUCACAGACUUUGCAGCAUGCCUCAUCUUCACCUUCCACAGGAAGGAGAUCCUGAACGACUCCAGGGAUCUGAGCAGAGGUCACUUUGGCUACUGUUUCAUCCUGGCCUGGCUGUGCGUUCCUCUGCUGCUUGUCAGUGGAAUCCUCUACGGCCACUUACGAAAGAAGGAAUGAAAGCUGCUACUUUUUAUCAUUUGUGGAAAUCAAGAAACUGAGAGCGCAGAAUGUUGUCCUUCACUUUUCAUCACAGCCACUGGGUGUGAACAUGGCGACAUGUUCUAUCAGGGCCACCCACAUGAAGGAAACAUGAGUAAAUCUAUUGUUGUAACUUGCAUUGCACUGUGUUUCUUUAUUAA